AUGUUACUCAUUCAUGCCACAUUAAUUUGUCUGCGAUUAUAUGGAAUUCAUGCAUUUUUCUACAUCAGUAAUCAGCCAUGGGAAUCUCUGUCAUCUCCGCAACUUAAUUUUGCUUACUUUUCACCCUAUUAUGGGCAAGCAUUUCCGAAAAUACCAGUACCUGUAUAUGGACAAAGUUCUAAUUUCCCUUACAACACAUUGCUUCCAUUAUUUUCUCAACCACUUAAUCUUUCAAAAACUUUAUCAUUAUCAACAACAUUUCUACAAAAUCUCACUCCGACAUCGUCACUGGUUGCUAACAGUUCUAUUCUACUUUCCAAACGUAAUGAGUAUGUUGGUCAUGUCACUGAAAUAAAACCGAUUAAUAAUGGUACAAAAUUAAAUUACACAUCAAAAAAGAAUGAUAUCUCAGAGGAUAAAAGGUUGUACGUACCAGAUUUUCUACACAAUACUUCAGAUGAAGUUAAAAAUAAAUUUUAUGAAAUUGUUUCCAACCCAUAUGAAAGUUUUCAACAGAAGCAGAGCAAACUCGAUCAACUAGUUUUCGUAUUAAGCAACGAAACUUGGAAGAUGUAUAAUCAGUAUCAGGAAAAGAAGGAUUUAGAAGAAAGGAGAAGACGUAAACGGAUUCAUGAUGUUGUGGCAAGCAUGUCUGAAAAAGCGCAAAGUGUUUUUUCAAAGGUUUUAUUUUGUACGAUAAUUUGA